AUGCGACUAAUGUCCUACAUUAGCUUGGCCGGGAAUGUCUGCAUGCUGCUUUCGAUUGUCAUCAUUUUCUCAGAGUUGCUACGGGCUAAGCAUGUUAUCAACGAAGUUCCAUGGUUCACCGAUGCACGUGGACUCGUAAUGGCAUCAGGAGCAGUGAUCUAUUCAUUCGAAGGACAAGCACUCAUCCUACCACUGGAGAACAAAAUGAAGCAUCCAAGUGAAAUGCGAGGCUGGAUAGGAGUACUGACGACGGGCAUCGUCCUGGUGACAACGGUCUAUGCUGGUUGUGGUUUCUUCGGCUAUAUCACCUAUGGAGAGCAUGUGAAGGGUAGCAUCACCCUAAAUAUGGAUCAGAGCCCGUGA